UUCUACAGAGGCUUUAUCCUAGUACUGAUUUCUCUUUUCUUGGAAGAGACAGGAGCACACAACAGAGCUCUUCAAAUAUCACAACUUCGUAGUAACAAGUUGUGGGUGAAAUGUUACUAUCUGAGUCCAGGAAGAGCAUUCAUUUGCAUUCCUCUGUGCCAGUCCUAGUUAAGUAUAUGUUGGAGAACAAUAUCCAUCCGCAAACAGGAAAGAAGCUUUGACGUCUUCAUUUCCUACCCACAUGAUUCUGUGAGUCAUACAGGUCAAACUUUGCUCCAAAAAUGUAGCUAAAGUUCAGUGAAACAAUCUUCUCUGCAAAGUAUUAUCCUUUUACUCAGACUACCCUGAAUAGAUAAAAGUAGCAGCUGUGAGUUCUCUCAUUCAGACUCAAAGCUGCGAGUUCUCUUCUCAUGGAAGACAAUCAUUCAGUUUAGAAGGGACCUUAAAGGCAAUCUACUUGCAACCACCUUGCCAUGGGCAAGGACACCUCCAACUAGUUCAGGCUGCUCAGCGCCACAUCCAACCCAGCCUUGAGUAUUUCUGGGGACAGGGCCUACACAGCUUCUCUGGGCAGCACCUUGCAGUGCUUCAACACCCCACAGUGAAGAAAAUUCACUACAUCUUUCUCAUAUUUAACCAAAAUGUACCUUCUAGCCUAAAGCCAUUACCCUUUGUCCUAUAACUACAUGCCCUUGUAAAAAGUCUCUCACAAGCUCUCUUGUAGGCUCCUCUUUCAGUUCUGGAAGGAUGCUUUAUCACCUCCUCAGAUCCUUUCCUUCAGGUUAAAGAAAUGCAACUCUCCUCUAGAAAGCUCACAGACACAGCUGUAGAACUGUGAACAGACCUCAGGCCUCUAGAUCUGUCAUUUCAGCCUCAGUUGUUACAUAAGCUUCCUGUCUGGUAAAGUACCAGAGAAAACAGAAUUUUGCUUUCAUUCUGCACAUUGCCCAUGAGUCUGGGUCUUGGUCCAGCCAGAACAUAAGUAACAGAAGUAAAGAAGUCAGAACAUCAACAGAUAACUGUGGCACAGCAGAGUUGUGUUCAGGAUCACAUCAGAGAAUAAUGUGCAAAUAAGAUUUGCCUUUCACUUUCCUGUUACAGCUGCUAGACAACAACGCUGCCCACUGUUCACUACAGACACAAACCAAUGAGGUAUACUGCUCACUUCUAUUACACCGAAGUACAGCUUUAAGACUUACUGAUACAGCCCCAUGGGUAGAUCACCUUUUCAAAAAAGUAUUUAGAUUUCAAAUCAUAAACCCUCAGACUGAAUGUGGACACAGGAAGUCUUAGGAAUGACAAACUGUGUCCAUGAUACCUUUUAAAAGAUACAAGAUAGACAGAAGCUGUUUAAAUCAGUUUCUGGUUUGUGCUGUGACUCUUGAGUUAAUAACAUUUGCUCCAUACAAAGAUUUCGGAAACUGUGAACUUUUCCCUCCAACCCAGGCAAUGCUCAUCUACAGAUAUUGCCUUUCCUAUUGGCUCAGCAGCAGUACCACUCCCCUCCACCAUCAAUGCUCUCAAACACAAUCCCACCCACGGUCUCUCAUAUAAGGCCUGGUUGGAAAUCUGUUUCUUUACUUCUGCUUUUGGACAGGGGUUGACUGUAACUCCUCCUCGCAAUCUAGCAAUGCCUGUGGAUUUCAGUGGAACUUGGAACCUUGUCAGUAAUGACAACUUUGAAGGCUACAUGACAGCUUUAGGCAUUGACUUUGCAACACGCAAGAUAGCAAAAAUGCUGAAGCCUCAGAAAGUGAUCAAACAGGAUGGCGAUUCGUUUUCCAUCCAUACUACAAGCACAUUCAGAGACUACAUGCUCCAAUUCAAAAUUGGUGAAGAGUUUGAGGAAGACAAUAAAGGCCUGGAUAACAGAAAAUGCAAGAGCCUGGUUACGUGGGACCAUGACAAACUUGUCUGUGUCCAGGCUGGGGAGAAGAAGAACAGGGGCUGGACUCACUGGCUCGAAGGAGAUGACCUCCAUUUGGAGCUUCGUUGUGAGAAUCAAAUAUGUAAGCAAGUAUUCAAGAGAGCUUAAAUAUCAGCAUUGGUUCCAACAUGGAAAGACAGCAGGAGGUCAUGCAUUCUGGAGUCCAGUGAUAACUGAAAAUACAACACCUGAUUUCUUUCUAAAUAAACAAUCUGUUUCUGUCUCAGGAAAUACUACUGGUUGUUAGCAGUGUCAAAGAUCUGAUUUUUGCUAAUAAACACUACAAAACAUCUUAA